AUGUCAGCUGAAAAAGACUUGAGAAGAGUUUGGCCCCACCUUGGUCAUCUCCCUCCUUCAAACCUCAUCUCUACUCGUCGGCGCCAUCACUGGUCGACUACUUCCUCCACCCAACACACCUGCAAACCUUCGAAUGCGGAUCCACGACUGCUACUCUGUCACCAUCAUCAACCUCUGAACCACCGACAUCCACUUCCAACUCCAACGAAACAAAUGUUGUCUCCACUAGCAACGAUCGCCCCCUCUGCCGCCCUCUGUUUCCUUCUCCUCAUGUAUCGUCAUUGUUGGCGACGUGUGCCUAAGCGCCGACGAUCGCCAGUCGCCAUGCUAGGGGCUGCUCCUCUAUCACCACAUUUCGCUCUUUCACCACUUGUCGACCUCCAACAACAAGAAUCUCGACGUCGGUAA